CAAUAUCCCGUGAGCGUGUUUGUUUCAGCCCUAGACCUAAACGCACCCAACUCUUUCCUUUCUCUUCCCAAAACCUCCGUCAAGUUUUUGCAACCAGUCUCAGCCGUUGGAUCCGGAAUCCGCCGUAUCUUCACUUCAUAUGCCUCCUUUCAAUCCACCGGAACCCUAGCUUGGUCUGAUUCCGAGGUCUUAUGCCUUCUCAACUACGCGAGAGCUACUUUUGAAGUGUUUUUGUUGGUUAAUCUCGUGCUUGCCUAGUGGCUUUUGUUGCAUUUCCAGGACUAAUUCGGAUUGAAAGAUGGAUCAAUCUGUUAUUUUUAUUUUCCAGUAGCUUGCUCAAUUUUUGUUGAAGCUAUAUUUUCAACAUAUUAGAACUUGAAAACUCUCAAAUGGAUGAUGGUGGGCACCGUGAGAAUGGUCGGCAUAAAGCAGCUCAGGGCCAGUGGAUGAUGCAGCAUCAGCCAUCGAUGAAACAAGUGAUGUCAAUAAUAGCAGAGCGAGAUGCAGCGAUUCAGGAGAGAAAUCUUGCUAUAUCAGAGAAAAAAGCAGCAGUAGCUGAACGGGACAUGGCAUUUCUCCAGCGAGACACGGCCAUAGCUGAGCGCAACAAUGCAAUAAUGGAGAGAGACAGUGCUCUUACAGCUCUCCAAUACCGUGAGAACUCCAUGGCUACUGCUGCUGCUGCCGUUGCCAAUAUGGGGGCAUGUCCACCGGGAUGUCAAAUAUCGCGUGGUGUGAAGCACAUGCACCAUCCACACAUGCAUCAUCAUCAACAACAACAUCAACAUCACAUGCCUCAGUUGAGUGAAAAUGCAUACGAGACCAGGGAAAUGGAGACAAACGACGGUCUCCCCACAUCACCACCUACCGGAUCUGCCUUGGAAUCUGCCAAACCAAAACGCGGUAAAAGAGUGAAAGACCCAAAGGCUACAACGAAAACCGCUGGUAAUAAGAGAGGGCCAAAAAAUCAGAGGAAGGUUAAGAAAGAAAGUGAGGACGACUUAACGAAGAUAAUGUUCGUAAAGACGAGCCAUGACUACGGGGAAGAGGAAGCAAGUAAGCACGUCUUGAUAGGAUCGAAAUCUGAUUGGAAAAAUCAAGAAAUGGUGGGGCUUAACCAAGUUGUUUAUGACGAGACAACAAUGCCACCACCUGUAUGUUCAUGUACAGGAGUUCUCAGACAGUGCUACAAAUGGGGAAAUGGAGGUUGGCAAUCAUCGUGUUGCACAACCACACUAUCAAUGUAUCCAUUACCGGCACUGCCCAACAAAAGGCAUGCUCGAGUUGGUGGUCGGAAAAUGAGCGGAAGCGCGUUCAACAAGCUUUUAAGCCGGCUUGCUGCGGAAGGGCAUCAUGAUCUCUCAAACCCGGUCGAUCUCAAGGACCAUUGGGCAAAGCACGGUACCAACCGCUACAUCACGAUCAAAUGAUAUGUGUGUAUUUAGGUGUGAGUUGUUCUUAUGACACUUAUCUUGAUUUUUAAGUCAUAUAUUUGUACUAAAUUCAAAUAAACUCGAAAGUAAAACAAUUGUAUGUGAAGCCAAUGUCAUGUUGUAUUAUAACUAUAAUAGAAAAAACCUUAGCAGCACAGCAGAUUCAC